CUUGACACAAAGCCCCGGCCCCUGCGAGCUGCCCCCGGCCCCAUCUCCCUGCCCUGCACCCCGGGGGGAGAGAGAGGCUGCACACCGGGGACACCCCCUGCCCCCUCCGCAUCCCUGGAUUUCACGGCCCUCUGGCACCAUGCAACCCCCUCCGAGAAAGGUGAAAGUUACCCAAGAGUUGAAGAACAUCCAAGCCGAGCAGAUGACAAAACUGCAGUCCAAGCACCAAGCGGAAUGUGAUUUGCUGGAAGACAUGAGGACUUUUAGCCAGAAAAAGGCAGCAGUGGAGAGAGAGUACGCGCAGACGAUUCAGAAGUUGGCGAGUCAGUACCUGAAGAAGGACUGGCCGGCGGUGAAGCCGGAGGAGCGCAGUGAGUACAGGAGUAUAUACACCGUGUGGAAGUCGUUCCUCGAAGGCACCGUGCAAGUAGCCCAAUCCCGGAUUAACAUCUGCGAGAAUUACAAAAACCUGAUCUCCGAGCCGGCCAGGACGGUGAAACUUUACAAGGAGCAGCAGCUGCGGAAGUGCGUCGACCGGUUGACAAAGAUCCAGGCCGAGCUGCUGGAGACAGUGAAGGAUUUAGCGAAGGCCAAGAAGAAGUAUUUCGAGGCCGAGCAGAUGGCUCAUGCGAUGCGGGAAAAGGCGGACAUCGAUGCCAAAUCCAAACUCAGCCUGUUCCAGUCGCGGAUCAGUUUACAGAAGGCGAACGUGAAGUUAAAAUCAAAGCGCACGGAGUGCAACGCCAAAGCCACCCACGCCAGGAACGACUACCUCCUCACCCUGGCAGCCGCGAACGCCCACCAGGACCGCUACUACCAGACGGACUUGGCCAACACCAUGAAGGCGCUCGAUGGGAAUGUAUACGAUCACCUUAAAGACUAUCUCAUGGCGUUCAGCAGGACUGAAUUAGAGACGUGUCAGGCCGUGCAGAAUACGUUCCAGUAUUUAUUAGAAACCUCCAGCCGGGUGAUGCGAGAUUACAACCUGCAGCUCUUCGUCCAGGAGAAUCCCGCGUUCCACAAAGCGCAUGCCUUCCAGUUCCAGCCGAGCGACAGCGACACCAGCCGGCAGCUGGAAUCGGAAGCUGGCGCUACGGAGGAGCACAGCCUCAACAAAGAAGCUCGGAAAUGGGCGACGCGGGUGGCCAGAGAGCACAAAAAUAUCAUCCACGGCCAACGAGCCCUUGAAGAUCUGGAAUGCCAGAGCACGCCGGUGGCGGAGCAGAGCCGGGCUGAGCUCGAGCAGAAGAUAGAAGAUGCCAGAGAGAGUAUCCGCAAGGCGGAGAUCACGAAGUUGAAAGCCGAAGCCCGUCUCGAUCUCCUGAGACAGAUCGGAGUGUCGGUGGACACGUGGCUGAAGAGCGCGAUGAAUCAGGUGAUGGAGGAGCUGGAGAACGAGCGCUGGGCGAGCCUCCCCACGGCCAUCAACAACGGCACCUCUCACUCAGGGAAUGCCGACGCAGAGCGAGACGAGGAGCUGGAGGACAGCAUGGACGCCUUCGACGACAGCAGCUCGAGCCCGUCCGGCACGCUCAGGAACUACCCUCUGACCUGCAAAGUGAUCUACUCUUACAAGGCAUCGCAGCCGGACGAGCUGAAAGAGGAGCACGAGAUGCUGGAGGUGAUCGAAGAUGGGGAUAUGGAGGACUGGGUGAAGGCGAGGAAUAAAGCGGGGCAGGUGGGCUACGUCCCCGAGAAGUAUCUCCAGUUCCCGACGUCGAACAGUCUCCUGAGCAUGCUGCAGUCGCUGGCCGCCUUAGACAGCCGCUCUCACACCUCGACCAACUCCAACGACGCCGAGAUGGCUUCCGGCAGCAUGAACGGGGAUGCCAACGUUUGUUUUGUGAAAGCACUUUACGAUUACGACGGGCAGACGGAGGACGAGCUGUCCUUCCCAGAGGGGGCCAUCCUCCGAAUCCUCAAUAAAGAGAACCAGGACGACGACGGCUUCUAGGGCGAGUUUAACGGGCGCGUCGGCGUCUUCCCCUCCGUGCUGGUGGAAGAGCUUUCCGGGUCGGAGAACGGGGAUUCCCAGUGGAUCGGAGAUACCCAGGUGCCCCCAUCGCCCGUGUCGCAAACUACUCUGCCCCCUCUCCCGCUGUACGACCAGCCCCCCGCGAGUCCCGUGUUCAGCCCGGAUAAGAGGGGCUCCCAGUUCCUUCCCCGAUCUCCAUCUGUGAACGAUAAUGGCAGCUUGGAAUCCCCUGGGACGUCGCAGCCUCCACGAGGCACCCCCGAGACAUUUCACGGCAAGCUGCGCCCUGUGCGAGCCGCUCCCCCUCCCCCCACGCAGACCCACCGGCGACCGGUCGAGAAGACAGAAGAUGUGGAAAUAACGUUGGUUUAACAGCGGCUUCUGGUUUUCUGCAUUUAAGG